AGACUUUUCACAGUUAUUUCAACAAAUCAAUUCAUUUUAGACUGGUGGGAUGUGAAAAGUUUCAGUUACUUUUUAAUGUGUUAAGAAAAUAGUCAAAUCUCUCUUACACUUAUUGCUUAAACGCACUGAAGACAAUUCAUUCUAUUCCUGGUGAUCUAUUUAUCUAUCAAGAAAUAUGUCAGGACAAUCAAAAGGCCAAGUGGUGAAUAUUCCUGUGAAUCGUGAACCAAGAUCAUUUGAGAAGCAAAGACGUGAUCUGUUGACAAGUUUGGAGAGUAGAAGUAACACUAGUGGUAGUCAUCCUGGGAAAUCUCUUACACAAUAUCAUGAAGACUGGUCUAACACAGUGAACAAGUGGGUUACUUCAACUUGGAAAAAAUGGGAUGAAGAUAUGAAUCGGUUGAGAAAAGGAAUGUUUGAAUUAUUGCCUGCGGAUCAUUUCACUCACUCAACUAAUCAGGAUAAGUCUAUUGUGACACAUAAAGUAGAAGAUCAUGGUCGAGACAGAAUGAGUUCAAAGGACGCUCUAUCUACUGGUUCAGUAUCUGAUUUCUUGAAAGAUGUUUAUGAGAUUGGUGAAGAUGGGAAAGUUUAUUUUAAGGUGAGGUUUAAUGCAAAGGGCUUUGACCCAGAAGAUAUAAAUGUAACAUCGAAUAACAACCGUUUGGUUGUGCAUGCAAAGAAGGAGACAAAAAGUGAUGGUGGAAAGUCUACCCAUGAAUUCUGUCGCACAAUUCAGCUUCCUCCGAGUGUUGAAGUUAAUCAACUGAAAUGUCGUCAAACAAAUGAUGGUGUUUUGAUAUUGGAGGCACCAGUAAAGGUUCCUGAGCACCAAUCACUGACAUUGAAUGAGUCUGGCCAGAUAGGUAUUCGCCCAAAAUCCAGUGUUCAGCUCCAGACGGUCCCUUCUUCAAAGGUUCUUACCGUGAAAGGUACCAAGGGUUCAACGGUUUUAGAUGAUGGAUCCGGUGGCAAGCGAUUACACAUAGAAGUUCCAGUAGAUUCUACCUAUAAACCUGAGGAUUUGUGUGUAACUGUUGAUUCUAAUCGUGUUGUGGUUAAAGGACGUCAUCAAAAGGAGCAGAGUGAUGCUCAUGGGAAGUCAGGUUCGUUCACCGAGUUCACUCAGUCGUAUACAGUCUCUGAGAUGGUGGAUCCAUUGUCUGUUUCUGCACAGUUGAUAGGAAAUACUUUGGUCGUGGAAGCUCCAUUAGUGAAGCACAAUGCCAUUACUCACUAGAAGAGUACGAUUUAGCUCAAAAUGACUAUUAUUUAAUUCACUCAUUAUGUUAUGAUAACCCAAUACAUAUAGUUCAUUAACCAAA